AUGUCACGAAGUUAAGUCGCGAUUACCUUAGAUGCACACUCAUUCGUGCGUACGUGUAAUUUAUAUUGAAAAAUAAUAUAUAUUAAAUAAAUUUUUAUCUUUAUCUAUCUUUGUACUAUGUGUAACUACAUAUUGUAGAUACUUUGAUUUACAGAAAUAAUAAAGGACAAAAUCAUUCCAUGUAUAUAUUUUAGAGGAGUUGUAGAGCAAUUAUUAAAUAUGUGUGAAAUUGAUGAUAAUUUGAAUUGGACAGAGGGUCGCGAUAUCCUUAGAAAUUGGAGAGAAAGCUUAGAACGCCGAAGUAAGGAUGUUGUAGAAAUAUGGGAAACAGUUUUAAUGUAUCAUAUUGAUAAACUUGGAAAUGAAAAGUAUCUGGUAUUAGAGCAGGUAUGUUUUGCUGCUUUGGAUUGUUACCGACUUCCAUUAGCAGAAUACUGCGUAAAAGCAUUAAUGAAAGAAUUUCCUGGAAGUUCGCGGGUUCAUGAAUAUCAUGCUAUGUAUUUAGAAGCUUUGGAAAUGUACAAUGAAGCUUUAGAGGUUUUAGAUUCAAUUAUCAAACGAGACGAAACGAACGCUGCUCCAAGAAAACGUCGCGUAGCUAUUUUAAAAGCAUGCGGCCAUAUACCAGAAGCUAUCAAAGAAUUAACUGAAUAUUUAAAAAAGUUCAUGAGUGAUCAAGAAGGAUGGCAUGAACUUUGUAAUCUUUAUUUACAAGAACAAGAAUACAGUAAAGCAGCAAUUUGUAUCGAGGAGCUUAUAUUGCAUAAUCCGCAUAAUCAUUUACUACAUCAACGUUACGCAGAAAUAAAAUAUUCUCAAGGUGGCUAUGAAAAUAUGUAUAUAGCAAAAGCAUAUUUUUGCCAAGCAAUUAAAUUGAAUCCAAAUAAUAUUAGGGCAUUGUAUGGCUUGUUAUUGGCAACAAACAAUUUAGCUCUCUCACUAAAGUGUCCUGUAUCACAAAAAAAAGGAACUAUCAAGUUAAAUGAGUGGGUUGCUGGUCAAAUUGAGAAACAAUAUAAAAAUAAAAUUGCCGACAAAGGCAACGAUUCCAAAUAUAUAGAGGGAUUAUUAGCACAAUUACAACUUGAAGGAUAGCUUAUUUUGUGUAUAAAUAAUAAUAUUUCAAGUUUUGCAAAUAUGUAGUUAGAAUUUUCAAAACAUUUACA